AUGCGUUGCCUUGUUCUGUGCGCAAUCUGCGCCUGGAUUGCUUGUGCUGAAGACGACUGCAGUUGGGACAUGUCAGUCGGCUUCUCUGUAAAGGGAUUCGAUGCGAAGGAUGCCCCGAAGGGUUUCGUUGAAGCUGUGGAGAAGUUCCUCGCAGAAGAGCUGCCCAAGGACAGUGAUGUGACCACAGUAGACUUCAAAGAAAAUGGCAAAACGUACGUCUACGUGAAGGUUGCAAAGGGAAAGAGUAAUCCGGGUUCAAUGGUGUUCGAAAAGCGGGACUCAGAACUGCUGGAGGGUAAAAGAGUCGAUCAGAAGGCAUUUAUGUACCAACUGGCUCUCUGUCAGUGGCGUGGUAUGAAGCCAAGAAAGGAGGAAUUCAGCCUCCGCAAGUGA